CCCCCGCUUUUUUGUUUCCAGAAGCCGGUGUCUGGCCGAGGCGUUGGUGUUUCCACUUUUGUGAUCCGUCUCGUCGUUACUCCUCUGUUUACAUAUAUCACGGGGAACAACUGCGCUUUCGCGUCGGUUUCCUUUUAAAGAGAACACAUCUGUACGUCGAGUUGUUGUUUUUGCCUUUUUAUUUUUUUUUACUUUCCUGGACCACAGGCGGAUUUUGCCUUCUGUCUGGAUGAGAGGAUCCUUGCCGCAUUUUUUUUGUUCCUGCAACGUGGACACGCAGCCCCAACAAGCAGCGCCGGGAGGCUCCUUCUAACGGAAUAAAACAUUUACAACCGUGUUCGCCGUGCUGGAUUUGAUUUAAGGAAUGCUGCUGUCCAAGCUGAAUUCUCUGGCUCACAUCUCCGCCGUGGAUAUGCCGGCGAAAAUGCAGCUGCAAGUUCAGCAAGUGAAGGAGAAAGAAGCUUUCGAGAAGCUUUAUCAGGUCGGCUCCGUGCUGGGGAGCGGCGGCUUCGGCACCGUCUACUCCGGCACGAGGACAUCCGACGGAGCUCCGGUUGCUGUCAAACAUGUAGCCAAGGACAGAGUGACCGAGUGGGCAGAACUGGCCAACGGCUCGCGCGUGCCGCUGGAAAUAGUUCUUCUGAAGAAGGUCGGCACUGGCUUCCGCGGCGUCAUCAAGAUGCUGGACUGGUUCGAGCGGCCCGACAGCUUCAUCAUAGUCAUGGAGAGGCCGGAGACCGUCAAGGAUCUGUUCGACUUCAUCACCGAGAAAGGCGCCCUGCCCGAGGAGCUGGCGCGGAGCUUCUUCCGCCAGGUGCUGGAGGCGGUGCGGCACUGCCACAGCUGCGGCGUGGUUCACCGGGACAUCAAGGACGAGAAUAUCCUCAUUGACCUCCGCACCGGCGAGAUGAAGCUCAUCGACUUCGGCUCCGGGGCUCUGCUCAAAGACACCGUCUACACUGACUUUGACGGCACAAGAGUGUACAGUCCACCAGAGUGGAUCAAGUAUCACCGCUAUCACGGCCGCUCAGCCACCGUUUGGUCCCUGGGCGUCCUGCUGUACGACAUGGUGUGUGGAGACAUCCCGUUUGAACACGAUGAGGAGAUCACCAAGGCACAGGUUCUGUUCCGGAGGAAGAUCUCCACAGAGUGCCAGCAGCUGAUCAAGUGGUGCUUAUGCCUGAGGCCUGCUGACCGGCCGUCCCUUGAGGACAUCAUCAACCACUCGUGGAUGCAGAACACGUCGCCGUCGGUGGUGCCCUCCACUGUGCAGACGGAGAAGUCGCCCGCCGAGAUCAGGCUACACAGCAUUGCCCACGAGCCCGCUGCCUUCAUGGCCACCGCCGCGGCCCGGUGACGGGGCUCGCCCAGUCCCAGCCGAACCGAGCUGAACUGAACUGACACGUAAAGGUGAAGACGUGACAAAGCGACCCCGGAGGCCUUCGCCGAGCCUCAGUGCCAGGCGUCCAGGAGGGCGAGCUGAGCGGCACGCGGACAGCCCAAGUUACGCUAGCUCUCGCAGCGCUCCGCUGGUUUUUCUCCAAAAAAACAAGAGCGGAGGCGUCGGAGGCGAGUUCCGAAGACACAAAACAAAGUGCCUUAUGUGAGAUUGUUUUAGGCAACGGGAGCCUGAAAAUACUUGAAUUUCUAAACACAAACAAAAGAUGAUAACAGACUACAUUCACUUCCUCUUUACAAGGCUUGUUUUGUUUUCCCCUCUCAUAGGCCUAGAUCAGUAAAGCCUGUGUAAUUUGUUAUUAUUUUACAACCACUACUAUCACCACUACUCCAAUGUCAUUAGCAACCAGACGACCUCAUAGCGCCGGCAGCAACUCGUGUAAACAAAAUCAAGAGAAGAAGAAAAAACACUGGACUUACCUCAGUCUGUUUACUUCAACAUCCACCUCCCUCCUCCUCCUCCCCCUCCUCCUCCUCUUCUACUUCCUGUGUUGUACUGUAUACAAACACAGGGCUUAACUCAAAGUGUUGAGUCUCUUCAACCUGAAUGCACACGACAAUGCAACGCAACACACACACACCGAGAUACGAACAUCUUCUGCUCUUUAAACGCUGGGAUUUUUUUUCAAAAGAAAGAAAAAAUGUGCCUCACACAGGUCUUAAAAAUUCGUUGGGGACAAAAAAGAAAUGUAAAUAAGAUAUUUAUUAUUGGUGUGACAGCUCUCCCAUGCCUAAUGAGCUUUUUUUUUUUCAUGGCAGAAUUUAUUUAUUUAUUUAUGAGAGAAUUUCGGCUGUCUAUGAAUGUAUAUGUUUCAUUCCACAGUCACUGAAGGGCCCACGAAUUAUUUAAGAGAAUAUGGAGUUUGGGUUUUUUUUGACCAUAUUUAUUAUGGCUUGAAAUAUUCAAAGAGCAGAUGUGUGUGUGUGUGUGUGUAAAUAAAGUGUAAAUAAUGCUGAAAAGCACUUCCAUUUUUAAUGUAUGUAAACAUUCAAUGUCUACUGAUGGUAACCAGUGUCCACCACACGCUGGUGUUUGAGUGAAUGGGGUGUGUGUGUGUGUGUGUGUAUGAGAAAACUUGGAUUGUUUUUUUGUUUUUUUCACCCACUUGAUUUAGAAUUGUAAAUUAUGUUAGAAGCUAUUUUUAUAUGGUUUCAAUAAAUAUUUUUUUUAACUACGA